CCGCCGGGACCCGGGGAAGCUGACAAGGCCUUAGGGAAGAUUCUUCGUUGUCAAGCCGCCAAAGUGGAGAGUGCGAUUGCAGAAGGGGGUGCUUCUCGUUUCAGUGCUUCUUCAGGCGGAGGAGGUGGUAGGGGUGCACCUCAGCACUAUCCCAAGACUGCCAGCAACAGCGAGUUCCUGGGGAAAACCCCAGGGCAAAACGCUCAGAAAUGGAUUCCUUCACGAAGCACUAGACGAGAUGACGACUCCGCAAACGACAAAGAACGACAUGAUGCAAUCUUCAGGAAAGUAAGAGGCAUACUAAAUAAGCUUACUCCUGAAAAGUUUGACAAGCUAUGCCUUGAGCUCCUCAAUGUGGGUGUAGAAUCUAAGCUCAUCCUAAAAGGGGUCAUACUGCUGAUCGUAGACAAAGCCCUUGAAGAGCCCAAGUAUAGCUCACUGUAUGCUCAACUAUGUCUGCGACUGGCAGAAGAUGCACCCAACUUUGAUGGCCCAUCAGCAGAGAGUCAUCCAGGACAGAAGCAAAGCACAACAUUCAGACGCCUCCUAAUAUCUAAACUUCAAGAUGAAUUUGAAAACCGAACCAGAAAUGUUGAUAUCUAUGAUAAGCAUGAUGGUCCCCUCCUCCCUGAGGAGGAGGAACAGAGAGCCAUUGCCAAGAUCAAGAUGCUGGGGAACAUCAAAUUCAUUGGAGAACUUGGCAAGCUUGAUCUUAUUCAUGAAUCUAUCCUUCAUAAGUGCAUCAAAACACUUUUGGAAAAGAAGAAGAGAGUCCAACUCAAAGAUAUGGGGGAGGAUUUGGAGUGCCUCUGUCAGAUAAUGAGGACAGUGGGACCUAGAUUAGACCAUGCAAAAGCCAAGUCCUUAAUGGAUCAGUACUUUGCCCGUAUGCGCUCCUUGAUGUCAAGUAAGGAAUUGCCAGCAAGGAUUCGUUUCCUGCUGCAGGAUACUGUGGAGUUGAGAGAACACAACUGGGUUCCUCGCAAAGCUUUUCUUGACAAUGGACCAAAGACUAUCAAUCAAAUCCGUCAAGAUGCAGUAAAAGAUCUGGGAGUUUUUAUUCCUGCUCCUAUGUCUCAAGGGAUGAGAAGUGACUUCUUUCUGGAGGGACCCUUUAUGCCACCCAGGAUGAAACUUGACAGGGACCCACUCGGAGGGCUUGCUGAUAUGUUUGGACAAAUGCCAGGUAGCGGAAUUGGUACUGGUCCAGGGGUUAUUCAGGAUAGAUUUUCACCCACCAUGGGACGCCAUCGUUCAAACCAACUUUUCAAUGGCCAUGGGGGUCACCUCAUGCCUUCUGCUCAAUCCCAGUUUGGAGAACUAGGCAAAUCUUUUCUGAAAAGUCAGGGGCAAAGCCAGCUCUACCAUAACCAGAAUCAGGGACUCUUAUCCCAGCAACAAGGACAGUCGAAGGAUAUGCCACCUCGGUUUUCUAAGAAAGGACAGCUUAAUGCAGAUGAGAUUAGCCUGAGACCUGCUCAGUCUUUUCUAAUGAAUAAAAACCAAGUGCCAAAGCUUCAGCCCCAGAUAACUAUGAUUCCUCCCAGUGCUCAACCACCACGCACUCAGACACCACCUUUGGGACAGCCGCCUCAACUUGGUCUUAAAACAAAUCCACCGCUUAUACAAGAAAAGCCUGCAAAGACCACCAAGAAACCACCUCCUUCUAAAGAAGAGCUACUUAAACAAACUGAAGCCGUUGUGACUGAGUAUCUGAACAAUGGAAAUGCUAAUGAUGCUGUCAAUACUGUGAGAGAAAUGAGAGCUCCAAAACACUUCAUUCCUGAGAUGUUGAGCAAAGUAAUCAUUCAAUCCCUAGAUAGAUCAGAUGAAGACAAGGAGAAAGCAAGUACUUUGAUCAGCUUGCUUAAGCAGGAGGGAAUAGCCACAAGUGACAACUUCAUGCAGGCGUUCCUGAAUGUAUUGGACCAGUGCCCGAAACUGGAGGUGGACAUCCCAUUGGUGAAAUCCUACUUAGCACAGUUUGCAGCCCGUGCCAUUAUUUCAGAACUGGUGAGCAUUUCUGAACUGGCUCAACCACUGGAAAGCGGCACCCAUUUCCCUCUCUUCCUGCUUUGCCUUCAACAGUUAGCUAAGUUACAAGAUCGUGAAUGGCUAACAGAAUUGUUCCAACAAAGCAAAGUGAAUAUGCAGAAAAUGCUGCCAGAAAUUGACCAGAACAAGGACCGCAUGCUGGAGAUCUUAGAAGGGAAGGGGCUUAGCUUCUUGUUCCCACUUCUGAAACUGGAGAAGGAACUGCUAAAGCAAAUAAAAUCGGAUCCAUCCCCUCAAGCCAUCUAUAAGUGGAUUAAAGAUAACAUUUCACCCAAACUUCAUGUAGAUAAGGGAUUUGUGAAUAUAUUGAUGACCAGUUUCUUGCAGUAUAUUUCUAGUGAAGUAAACCCACCUAGUGACGAAUCAGAUUCUUCAUCUGCUCCAUCUAAAGAGCAGCUAGAGCAGGAAAAACAACUGCUUCUUUCCUUCAAGCCAGUAAUGCAGA